CAUUUCAUUUUCAUUUCUCGUCUCAUAAUUUCAUUGCGAAAAUGGCGAAUUUCAAAGCAAUUUGCAGAGAUCCAACGGCUCAGAAUCCUCCAAAUGUCUCGAGCUCAGGAAGUGGUGGGGUUUGUAUGAUGAGGAACACAUGGAGAGAUGAACAGCACCCAUCAUUCAUCAACUUCAUCUCCUCCUUCCUCAAAGCAAAUUCUUUCCGUCUUAACUUCGUCCCGAUUGCCCCUGAUUUCAUUUUCAACUGUGGUGGUUUAUCAGUGGCCUUUGUUUUUGUGACAAACUGGGACUGUAACAACUACUUGCCAACCUUUAGCAGGGUAAAGAAACUAAAGGAGCAAUUUGCACAUCUCUACAUUGUCGUCACGCUUCCAACCAGGGAGCAAAAUGAUUCUUUUGUGCACUCUUACUUCAAGCUUGGAAUGGAGCUUGGAAGGCCUACAUUUGUGCCAGUUCAAGACAUGGAGAUGGGCUUUGAGAAGAUCGUGAAGAUAGCUCAUGCCCGUGGAGUAUGUAAGAGGCAGGAUGUGAUAUCCAAAUUGAGGGCUGAGAGGAAGAAAUCAGUGCAAGGAAUGGACGUAUUCCUAAGAGUAAUCACUUCCAUACCUGGAAUUGAUAACCAUGAUGCAAAUUCGCUUAAUCAAGCCAUUGGUUCGAUCAAAGCAAUUGCCAAAGCAUCAAAGGAUUAUAUUUUGGAGAACACAGACCUUUCAUCUGACAAGGCGGAGACGAUUACAAGGUUUUUUAGAGAUCCAAAGUUUUAUCUCAGUCCAAAAAUCAAUUGAUAGGAGAAAGAACAAGGCAGAUGAGAAUUCAAAUGAGUAAUGACAGUCUUGAGAAGGUCUCUUCAGCUCAAAUUGUAAGUUUGUUGAAUCCCUCUCCCUUGAAUACACCUGCAUUUCUCUUAGUAGUGAUAUUAUACCCGUUACCUGAAAUUCUAUA